GUGUGACGUGUGUUUUCACUGUUUCUUUUAACAUUUUGCCCUCAAAAUCCGCAGAGAACGGUAGUUAGGUUCAUGUUCGCAAUUAAUUAGGCCAUCCCCACCGACCCUUUCCCACACUUCUUCACACUAUCAAUCUCACACCAACAAUUUUUCACACAAUCACACACACCACUAUCUACCUUCAGAAACUGAAAUAAGGAAAAAACAUGGAAAAACAUUGAAUCAGAACUGAGAAAACUACCACUUCCCAACACAAGUUUGUUGCAUUGUUACACUUUGAAGUAUCUACUUUGAUUAUUGAUACUGGUGUUUUGCAGACACAAGUUCAUUUCUUUGGAGGAGGGUGAGAUUGCAAAUGUGCAAUGUCUCCUUCACACUUGCCUCUGCGUUGGGAGAGCACCGGAGAGCAGUGGUGGUACGCUUCUCCGAUCGAUUGCGCCGCCGCGAACGGCCACUACGAUCUGGUGGUGGAGCUUCUCCACCUCGACGCCAACCUCCUCAUUAAGCUCACUUCCCUCCGCAGAAUUCGGCGCCUCGAAACAGUGUGGGACGACGAGGAACACUUCGAGGACGUCGCGAAAUGUCGCUCGCAGGUUGCGAGGAACCUCAUGCUGGAAUGCGAGACGGGAAGAGGAAUCAACUCCCUCAUUCGCGCCGGCUACGGCGGGUGGCUCCUCUACACCGCCGCCUCGGCCGGUGACGUGGAUUUCGUCCGGGAACUGUUGGGGAGGAACCCUGCGCUUGUGUUGGGAGAAGGAGAGUAUGGAGUCACUGAUAUACUGUAUGCUGCUGCGAGGAGCAAUGACUGUGAGGUGUUUGAGGUUGUGCUUCGUUCUGCUCUCUCGCCGCCGGCGCAGAUGGAAGAGGUUUUCGAGAAGGAUAUGAUGAAUAGAGCGGUUCAUGCUGCUGCGAGAGGAGGGAACUGGGAGAUGCUGAAACAGCUUGUGAAAGAGGAUUGUGGCGUUUUGGGGUUUAGAGAUGCUCAAGGGUGCACCGUUUUGCAUACUGCAGCUGCCAGAGGACAGGUUCAGGUGGUGAGAAAUCUACUUGCAACAUUCGAUGUUGUAAACUUAACAGAUGAUCAAGGAAACACAGCGUUACAUGUAGCAUCUUACGGGGGUCACUUACCCGUGGUGGAGAUUCUGAUUCGUGCAUCCCCUUCAUUAGCAUUGGUAACCAACCACUAUGGAGAUACUUUUCUUCAUAUGGCAGUGGCUGGUUUCAGAAGUCCCGGUUUCCGAAGAUUGGACAAACAUGCUGAGCUCAUGAAGCAAUUGGUUUGUGGAAAGAUCGUGAAUUUACAGAACAUCAUCAAUGUCAAGAACAAUGAUGGAAGAACGGUUCUUCAUGUAGCAGUGAUUGAUAACGUUCAGUGCGAGCUAGUGGAACUGUUGAUGUCUGUGCCAUCAAUUGAUCUUAACAUUUGUGAUGCUGAUGGAAUGACCCCUUUGGAUCUUCUGAAACAAAGACCAAAAUCAGCAUCUUCUGAUAUCUUAAUCAAGAUGAUAGUUUCCUCUGGAGGGGUCUCUAAUGGUAAAAAUCCUAUAGCAGGAAAUGCACUUUGCAUUCAUCACAAAGCUCAUGUCAUUGGAGGGAGUCCUGGCACUUCGUUUAGAAUACCAGAUGCUGAGAUUUUCUUGUACACUGGCAUUGAGAAUUCAUCAGAUUGCAAUUAUGAUCAAGCAAGUGUGGAAUCAUAUUCCUGCUCAAACGAACCAAGCAAUUCUGACUCCGAAAAUUCCCCACACACCAAGAAGUAUGAUAAUUCUGCGAAUCGUGCUGUGAGGCGUUCUUCAAAGUUUCGUCUCAGGUGGCCUAAAAGAAAGGAGACAAAAACAACUGCAUCAGAAUUAGAAGAUGACGAUUCUCUUGAUCCUUUUAGUUCAAGUAGAAACUUGGAAGAUUUUGCAAUUCCAUUGCGGCAAAGAUACUCACAACAACCAUGCUCCCUUCCAAACAACAAAAGAACAACUUCUCUUCCAAGUUCAUCCUCCAAAGUGAAAUUCAGUGCUGGUCUGAUGCAAGGUGUGAUUCAAGUAAAGCCACAUUUUUCUCAUACAACUCCAAGUCCUUUCCAAGAAUUAUCUGUGGCUUCUCUUUCUUCCAUCAAGAAACAAAAGGGUACUGAUAUAAAGGGACCCUCUUGUUCUAAUCCACCAUCGGAGGACACAGCCCUUCUGUUGGACUACAAACAUUGUUCCCUCAAUAAAAACUGAUGAAUGGAUAUUUUUCCUUUGGGCCACAAGGCCUCGCUGUUGAAAAUUCCAAUAGCUGUGCAAAGUCAAACGGGAGUUACAAGCGUUUGAGUUCCAUGGUUGCCUGAGGAUUAUGAUCGUUAAUUUUUCUCAGAAGAUGAAAAUAAAAUAUUACUAUUGAUCUUGUAAUGACGAGUUUGUGAAGAUUAGCGCAAAAAUAUGCACACAGGUGGUGAUGAUAUCUGCAGAGUUUGGCGUACAGUUCAAAAAUAACCACCACAUCCAAAUUCCAGCAGCAAUACCAGUUGAUGCUUGUUUGCUUUUUGUGAGACACAUGUUAUCUGUUCUGUAUCUUCUUACAGCAAUUUUUUGUAA